AUGUCCGACCUCCCACCGAGAGGUCGGGGCACGAGACCCCCUGGGAGUCAUCCUAGGGGCUCAGGCUCUGCACCACCAGCUGUACCACCAGCAGUGGCGAGCACCUCAUCGGCCGCAUACUCGACCGUUGUGCCAGCUCAAUCUUGCCACACGUUGCCUCAUCGCAGGUCCCGUUCCACCACAGAUUCCACCCAUUCGUCCCAAUACGAGUCUGACUUGGGGAUGGCCCAGCCACACCAGGAGAUGGAGGUGGAGGGCAAUCAGGGAGGGGAGGAGGUCUUGAGGGACCCCUCCAUCGACCUACUCCUAGGUGAUCUCGAGGUGUUGACCACAUCUAUUGCAAAGGCCACAGACUGGGUUCUGUGGGCCGCGCAUCACGAUCCGCUCUCCAUCGAUGGGGGCGAUACCUUCACGGCUCAGAUGACGGCCUUUGUGAGCGCUAUCAUGAGCACUGAUUUUGGCAGGAUUCACGGACAAGGCGAUCUUGCAGAUAUCUCUCUCGCCUCCAUGCUUGAGGCUGAGACAUCCUCCAGGGAAGAGCCGACUAUUCACCUGGCUCCCGUAUUCAGGCCUCCUCCUCCUGCUGCCCAUGGGCUGCUCGAUGAGGGUGCCAGCAUUGGAGUUUCUUCUGACAUCCUCAUGCAGGCACUGGAUGACCUCAGUCGCCUGGCCUCCCCUUCUCGCACCCCUGCUUCUUUGAAGUGCAAGGGUGUCAAUCGCCUGGUGCCACCUCCUCAAAAGAAGAGCAAGGUUGCCUACUCCUGCCCUGGUCUGCCUCUGCUGAUCAACUGUGCUACUAAGCCCAAGCCCCAUCCAACAACGUGGGCAGGGAUUGCCCAUCAGGCCACUCUGAUGCCUCCCCUGCCUCCUGGCUUGGGACUGCAAUGA